CUGUUACCGCCUUCUAAUGAGACGCACUGCAAGACAGAAACAAGACGGCCUGGUAUUCAUUCUUUAAUCUCAUGUCUUUACCGUAUCAGACGCCUCCAAUUGUCCCUAAAAAGGCUCCGGAAUUACAGCACAAAUAUUACGAAACCCACAAAUGGAACACAAUUGACGAAGAGGUUCAUGCUUUCUUAGAAAAGGAACCGCUAUUUAAGAAACAGCUUUGUCCUCCUGGCAGCGAUAUUGAAAAGCUUUAUCCUGAGGGUGGUUUGUCAGAGCAUCUGUAUCCUUGGUAUCUGGUUCAAUAUGGUACUUGGCCGAAUAUGAUUCUACGGCUGCCAUUGGACUACCCGAAGAACCCACCUAAAGUGUUCACACUGGUUGACAACACUUUAUGUCCUGUUGUGUGUCCCAGUCUACAGAACUGGUCCGACAGACUCGAUUUAAUUACUAUCAUUCAACCGCUCAGAGACGAGAUAUCCCACUCUAUACAUCCAACAUCCACUCGUGCUGCUCCUCCUGCUCUUCCAAAAAAGCCUGAAGAAAGGAUUGAACAGAAGAAACAUGAAUCUCUGACAACUCCCCAGCAAUUUGGACCAUCGGCUCCUCCAAUUUUGCCCCCAAAACCAGGAAAACAGAUACGAACAAAUGAGAAGAGUAAAGACGCCAGCGUCCCUAUGUCUCUAGCGAUGAAAGCAACGCGCACUCCAACUGAACCACCGCCUCUUCCCGCGAAACCAUUUCCCAGUCUUCCUCCGAAGCCCCAUCGAAGUACCGCUUCGUCUGCUAGUUCAGUGUCACAGAGCCCCCGACACAACAUAUCUGCGUCGUCUUCUUUCCAAAACUUGUUGGACGAUAUCCCACCGGCAUCGCCUUCAUCAAUCGUGUCUCGCUCUCCAACAAUCCUCGGCGAGACCCUGCUCCCUUCAACCGUAAGUGCUGAGGUUCCACAUGUGGCAGAACGGCUACGACGGUCUAUAGAAGCAGAUCGUUUGAAUGAAUUACGAACCGCUCGUAAACUGGAAGUAGUAGAGCAGGGCAUGGAUGCGGAAGAAGCAGAACUGUUGGACGUGUUGAGGAAGAUGGAGACGAGCCUGGAUACAAUUAGACACGGACGGCAACAGAUCAAGGUUUCCAUGGACAAAGUGACAGAGCUUAAACGCAUGUCUGACGACGAUAUUUAUAAGCAAAUGAUGCCAAAACAAGCAAGUAUAACGGAACUAUCUGCCAAGGAUUCUGAUUUGGAAUUUGGCAUACAAACGCUGGAUGACGCUUUAGCAGCCCAGGUUUUGCCUGUAAACACAUGGAUUACGAGUAUGAAAAAACUCGCGAGAUGUCAAUUUUUUGUCCGCGACAAAAUGAGACAAAUUUUAGAUGAAUGAAUCACGUUUUUUUUAGGAAUAUGAGAUGUAUUCGUGUGUCGUAACUGGCGUUCACCAGUAUUCAUGAUAAUCGGCUUGUUCUUCAAAGGGUUGAAACAAUUUUCUCGUCUAUGUGCGUUAGUUAAGGAAGACAUAGAAAAGCAAAUGGCUUACUUUUCCGAAGUGAAAGAUUGCGGAAGCAAGAAGCACGCAUCCAAUGAUACCGUUUAUAAAAGUACAGAGAGGAAGCUGGCUGCUUCGAGGACCGGAAAGCAGGCAGCAAAAGUGUAUGCCAUACAGGAAUAUGAGCAUAGAGUCUUGGUUCAAAAGCAAGAGACAAAGUAGUACGGAAGCAAGCCCUAUAGAAAUGACCAUGUGCAUCAGCAGAGGGAUAUGUACGAGGAGCGGAAUUGUUUCCUGCAUACAGAGUAGACACAUAAAGGUCAUGAAACAGA